GCGCGCGCGCGCGCGCGCUGUCGGUUUCCGGUUCGCUCGACUCUUUCCUUUUCGAGAUACUCAAGAUGGUUAACGUGCCGAAGCAGAGACGUACCUUUUGCAAAAAAUGCAAGGUACACAAGACUCACAAGGUGACGCAGUACAAAAAAAGCAAGGAGAGACAUGCCUCGCAGGGCAGAAGACGUUACGACCGCAAACAGCAAGGUUUCGGCGGUCAAACCAAGCCCAUCUUCAGAAAGAAGGCAAAAACAACUAAAAAAAUUGUGUUGAGGAUGGAGUGCACGGAAUGUAAAUACAGAAAGCAAAUCCCGCUGAAGAGGUGCAAGCACUUCGAACUGGGUGGCGACAAAAAGAGGAAGGGUCAAAUGAUUCAGUUCUAAGUUGUCCGCCUGAACGUUUUCACACACACACGUAUACACAUUCUGUAUUUAAUAAGAAAUAAAAAUAAAUCCUAUUGUAUAGGAAU